UUAAUCUGCUCCUCUGCUGAUGAGUGGGGCUGGGUUCCCUCCCUGUUGGUUGUUUGGCCUGAGACGACCCAGCACUGGAACCUACCCUGCUCUUUGGUGGGGCUAAUGGCAGACUCUGGGAGGGCUUACGCCAAGGAGUACUUCCAGAACUUCAGCUGCCAGUGUCCUUGUCCCCACGGUGAGCCACAGCCACCCCCGCCUCUUCAGGAGACCCUCCAACACUAGCAGGUGGCUUUUGAAACAUUUCAUAGAUAUUGAAGGCCCAUUAUGAAGGCUAUCUUGAUAUCUUCCCUCCAAGAUGCUAAGGAAUAAUUUAGGCAACAGUUCAGACUCUAAGAAUGAAGACGGCUCGACCUUUUCACAGACUGAACACAAUAUUGUUGCAGCUUACUUGAUUACGGCAGGUAUGAUGAGUGUUCUCAGCAACAUAAUAGUUCUCGGCGUCUUCAUUAAGUACAAGGAGCUUCGGACACCCACAAAUGCAAUUAUCAUUAACUUGGCUGUUACUGAUAUAGGGGUCAGUAGCACUGGCUACCCCAUGUCCGCUGCUUCAGAUCUGCAUGGAAGUUGGAAGUUUGGAUAUGCAGGAUGUCAGAUUUAUGCUGGAUUGAAUAUCUUUUUUGGAAUGGCAAGUAUUGGAUUGCUCACAGUUGUGGCUGUGGAUCGAUACCUGACCAUCUGCUGUCCUGAUGCAGGAAGAAGAAUGACCACCAACACUUACAUCAGCAUGAUUCUGGGGGCCUGGUUCAAUGGCCUCUUUUGGGCUUUGAUGCCUAUUGUUGGGUGGGCUAGUUAUGCCCCAGAUCCUACUGGGGCCACCUGUACCAUAAACUGGCGGAAAAAUGAUGUAUCUUUUGUUUCUUACACCAUGAUGGUUGUUGCGAUAAAUUUUAUUGUGCCCUUGAUAAUGAUGUUUUACUGCUAUUACCAUGUCACUCGAUCCAUUAAACAUCAUGCUACUAGUAACUGCACUGAGUAUCUCAACAGAGAUUGGUCAGAUCAGGUAGAUGUAACAAAGGUUCCAAGUGCAGCCCCACAUUCAGAACUGUCAUCUCCAAUUCCUGAGGCUUUCUGUAGUUCUGUGGAGUGGAUUCGUCUGUACCUGAUUUUCCCUCAUUCCUGGCUCUUUAAAAUUAAAAAAAAUUUUUUUAAAAAUCAUUCUCAGGUCUGAUAAGUAAUAUGCCACUUGUCUAAUGGUUAUUCAGUUUUAACUUUUACAAAGCGGUCUAAUCUGUGGUUCUCAGACCUUAUGCGUUUAUGUCUUUUUAAACCUUUUCUAUCGUUUUAGUGGGCAAUCAGGAGGGAGCAAUGUAAUUAUAAUUUUUCAUUCAAACAAAAUAUAAUGGUGGCUCCUUUACAAAAUUAUCUGCACUGUACGUAUUAUAUGUGAUUUAUUAUAUACCAAGCUCGAAUGGCCUGUAUGAGAAUUCACUGAGCUCAAUAGAGGACUUUUUUUUUUUCACAUUGAGUUUAGAAAGUUAGAAAGUUGUUUUUUAGAUUAGCAGAUGAGCGUGAGGAAGAGAAAGCGCAACACCAGCAGCCCCUAUAGCACAGUUACUCCAAGUGGGCCAGGAGUGGGUCCUUCUGCCUGUCAUCCAGGCCAGCUUUUGUAUUCUCCCCGGCUCACCAAAAGAAAGCGGGCAUUCUUUACAUUCGUGCACCAGUCUGUCCAUUUCACAAGCUCUUGUUAUCAUAGAUGACCUCAAGCACAGUAGCAAAGUAUGAGGGGAAAAAUUCAGUUUUUCCUCUGUGUCUUCAACAACAUACAUUUAUUCAAGUUCCAAUCCAGAUAAUUUUUCAUGCAGUUUAAGAUAUAUUAAUUAUUUUGAUAUUUUAGAUAUUGGGUUUGGCGAAUAUUGAUUU